CCAACCGAACUCAUUCAGCUGGGAUCUUUGGAGGAGGACAAAUAGACCCAUCAGAUUCUAAGAGAGAGAGAGCCAAGAGUUCAUGUUACAGUCAGCUUUUGGAUCUAGUUUCCCCAACCUCGUGAGCCGGCACUCAUUGAGUCUGUUCAGAGAAAGUUGGACCCAAAGGUUGCUGUGGUUUUACAGCUGUUGUAGGGUAACUACGAAACAGUACUGAGGAUUUGAAAGGCAUCUCUUUCGGUCCACAGGGUUAUAAUCCUCAUCUGACUCCCAAAGAGGUGAAACCACCUCCACGUGCACGAUGCCUUGUGAUGUUUUCCCACCACGGCUGCUCCUGCUGCUCUUCCUAUCUGCUGCGUUUGGGGCAUCCCAAGGCUGCCAGCCGGACCCAGCUUCAGCCUACAGGUUCACCGGCACCGUUUGUCGCCUCACCUAUCCUGCAGCUGUCGUCCUGAACGAGAAAACCACCAAAGUGAUUGAGGCAGCUUUCCAACAUGCCAGAUACCCAAGUAUGAAGGGAGAGAAAUCAGUGCUUAUAGGCAAAGUCCUUUAUGGCCUGGACAAUUUGGAGAUCCACAACCUGUCGAUUGGUCGGAGCGAAUUUGAACUGCACCCAGGCAAAGGCAUCGGUAUGGAAAUAAGCAACGUGUCCGCAUCCUUCAGUGGCACCAUCCAGUAUGGAUACACCAGCUGGCUUGGGGAUGUUUCACAGUCAGUUGAUUUUGAAAUUGAGUCUCAGACUGAUCUUGGAAUCAACCCCAAACUUUACUGUGGGAAAGGACAGGUAGCAGCGGACACGUCAGACUGUUAUCUGAACUUUCACAAGCUCAGUCUGCACCUGCACGGCAACAAAGAACCAAACUGGCUGAAAAAGCUCUUCACCGACUUCGUCACCUUCACUGUCAAAAUGGUCAUAAAGGGACAGAUCUGUAAGGAGAUCAACAAGGUGGCAAAUAUACUGGCUGACUUCAUACAAGAGACAGCAGAGCAUGUUCUCACUGAUGGAAAUAUCAGAAUGGAUAUCGGUGUAACUGCUGCUCCUGUCAUCACUGCUAACUACAUAGAGUCAUACCACAAGGGGCUGACUAAAUACAACAACACCGUGGCUGUGAUCGAUGACUCUGUUUUCCACCCCAGUCAGCUGACUGAAAACAGGAUGCUCUACUUCUGGGUGUCAGACCAGGUCUUUGGGCCCAUGAUCAAAGCCGCUCACCAAGACGGACGUUUCCAACUCAAUAUGUCUGGAGCCGAGCUCACUGAACUUUUCAAGACAAAUCUCACCAGUGCCAUGCCUGAAUUUAUUAGAAAGUGUCUGGAAACAGGUUCUCCGGAGCUCAGAGUGUGGAGCGUGCAUUCUCCCUUCAUCAACACCUCCUCUGACUGGGGUACGAGUGUCUUCGCAACGGCCUCUGGACAGCUUCACUGUGGGAGUCAAGACACGCCAACGCUCACCUUUGUAACGGAUGUGGUCGUGGACGUGACGGCUUCCUACGCUGACAAGAAACUCUUCCUGCGGGGCAAACCUUCAGACAUCUCUGUAACUGAAGCUGUGCUGCCUUCACAGAAUCACAGGCUGAUUGAUGAGACGCAGAUAGAGUUCAUAAGAGAAGCCGUGGAGAAGAUCGGCAUUCCCAAAGUCCUUUCUGUUCUUGAGGUCGUGAUCACCAGGCUGUUGAACAGACAGGGAGUUGACUUAUUCGACAUCAUUAACCCGGUGGUGACUCCUCGAGACGGCUAUGUGGUCAUCGAGAUGGACUUUGGUUUCCCUCAUCACCUCCUGGUCGACUUCCUCAGGAAGACGCUACAGUGACACUUGGAGCCACAUUUUGGUUUUAGUUACCCAAAAAUCAACAUGUGUGCACAGAAAACUCAUUUUGAUUAGAUAAAACAACUCUCUCUGCUGUUUUUGUAAAUUCUAGAAAACAAAGAUGUGGACAAGCUGAUGUUUUUAUUCCUGGGGACUCACCAUGAUGACAAGGAAAUCUAAUUAUGACAGAAUCUCUUGAAAAUAACUGUAUUAGAUUAUAAACACAUGACACAUGAACGUUCAGUUAACCAGUGAGGUCCAUCGUUGUUGGCAGGACUUGAACCUUUGCGAGGGAAACCCCCCAAUGGAUUUCAAAUCCAUAACAGUUUGGAACAAGAUGUUGCAUCCUGUCUCGUCUCCUCCCUGUGAAAGACAAGUUCAUAUCUCCAACAGUCAAAUAAAGAAGAAUACUUUGUUGUCUUCA